AUGACAAUUGGAUUAAGAACUAUGUGUCGUCCUAAUGAAUUGUAUAAGCUAAAGCUUAAAGACAUUAAGUUUGGAAGGAAGCUUUGCUGGAUUCGCAUUGGUCAUUCUAAAACAGACCAAUUUACCAAUAGAAAGUUUAUUUCUAUAGAAUAUUCAAAUAGUCCUUAUUGUCCAAUUAAGCUGUUGAAGAAGUAUUUAACAAAUAGACCAAAGUCUUCAAGUGAUAAGCCCCUCUUUUUAUCAAAGCAGGGAAAGCAGUUAUCAGUAAGAGCUAUUGGAGCCAUUGUUAAAAGAAUUGCUAAUAAUGCAAGUAUUCAAGAUAGAUUUACAGCACAUAGUAUUAGGAUAAGUGGUAUUACAACAGCAAUGGAGGCAGGUCUUUCAUUGACACAGAUUCGUGCUAUAGGGGCUGGGACAGUAAAGCAGUUAUGUUAUACUUGA